ACUAUUUCUGUGUCAGCCAUAUUUGUUCGAAUUCGAAGACGUAGACUUCAAAAUCAAAGGAAGAAAUCAUUUCGCCCGUCUGCCCUCAUACGGCGUAGGUAUAAACCAGUCUUGGAUGAGUUGUUCUUUGCAAGCGGACCCAGCAAUAUGAUCAACUGUUACCUUUCCCCAUCCCACCCACAGCUGGAAUUGUCACUGACCCAGUUUUUACUAAGGAAAUCUUCAGCUACAGGCUAAACCCCAUGCAUAGCCUUGGGGCCCAGAAAAGCAUGUCCAGACACCAGGACUUCAUCUGUGGCCUCUCGCACGUGGUGACCAUAGCAGUCCUCCCCAGACUGAACAUGGAGGAGCUGAUGUUUGAACUCAACAGAAGGAUUCAAAACCUUGACAAAGAGAACAGCAUCAAGGACAGGCUGGUCAGUAUCCUUAGGGAUGUGAUGUUGGAGGAAUACCGUCAGUUGGAAAGGAAGUCAGAAGUCAGUUAUCCAGACGACACAGCCAUACCUGUGCAAAAUCAAGAGAACGUUCUGACUGCGCCCGCUGAAACAAUUUUAUCAGAGACUUCAAGUCCUGAUGCCUCACAACAAGGUUCGGAACUGAACAUUGUGAUCAAGAAGGAAAACGACUUAAGCACUCAGAUAGCCAUGCAAACAACUGAGCUGGAACUUGACACCGACAACGUACAUCUGGCUGUUUCACAAAAAGAUCAACUUUGUAACAUGCCCAGUCCAGGUUCACCAACACUUCCUCCAUGCAAUACCCCUCCAAUACACAUGAGUAACACAACAGACUCCCGCAUAAAAGAAGAAGACUUUGCCAUGGGGACUGAGGAUAAAGCAGGUAGACCUCGUCAUGACGAAUUUAGUUUUGACACUCCUACAUCCAGUACGCAGGUAUUGCAUGCGCUGGAUACACGUAAUCCUAUGAAUACUUAUUACACAGAAAAGCCUGUGGAAAGGGAUACAGCCCGUGAGGAAACACCUCCAGACCACGGUGAUAUACAUAUAAAAAUGGAACGCCAUGUGUCCCAGGGUAGUCAGAUCCGGCAGAUUUCUGAAACUUCCAACCCAGAUCAACCCGAAAACUAUGCUGAUGAAAGAGUGACUGAUUUCACCAACACAGGACAUGAAUAUAGCAGAAAAGACAAUAGUGAGGAAACACCUUUGGCUUCUUAUCAACCGACUCCAGACCAGGAUUGCGAGAGCAUGGCGUCCCUUCGUUCUGACGAUAACUCACAAAUUGGUUCCAAACGCUCUAUGAGUGAAUUCGAAACAUCAUUCAUAAACAGCUCCUCCAAGCACAGAAAACGUAAUAAAGGAGAUAAACCGUUCAUGUGCGGUGAAUGUGGUUACAGGGCAUGUGAUCAGCGUCGUCUUGUCGAACACAUGGGAACGCACACUGGCGAGAAACCAUUCAAGUGUAAUCACUGUAACUAUAAGAGUUCAUUUAGAAAUAAGUUAGUCGAGCAUAUGAAGAGACACACGGGUGAAGAACCUUACAGCUGUGAACUUUGUGAUUACCAGGCCUAUCGAAAGUCUCACAUUGAAAGGCAUAUGAUGCGGCACUCUGGUGUGAAACCGUACAAAUGUGAGGAAUGUGACUACAGGACAGCUCAAAAGGCCAAUCUUACCAGACACAGGCGGCAGCACACCGGUGAGAGACCCUACAGUUGUCAAGAGUGUGACUACAAGACAACAGAUAGGUCCACCCUCGCCAAGCAUAUGAGAAGCAAACACCAGUGAAUUGAAACCAACUUGUCAGUUACAAACCAAAAAUAGAACGUUAUAGGUUAUUUCGGCAUCAACUAUACGUUUCUUUAAUUUCUUUUAUCUAGAUUCUGAUACCCAGAAAAUGAUUUAAAAAAUGUAUAAACAUUUCUUGUUGCAAGUACAUUUAUACUCAUAUAGUAAGGUUAUUCGAAACACAACUAGAAUUGUACUCACAUCCAACGUUUCGAUGUCUGUCAGACACCAUCAUCAGGGAUAGAACAAUUAAGCUGAGCCACGUUUAGGACAGCAUUGUUGCUGCUGCAGCACCACCCACAUUGGCUAUAAGUAGCAGCAAGAGUCAGAUCAUUCUAACCCUGAUGAUGGUGUCUGACAUCUAUACUUUACAUCUAUACUUUACUGGGCAAAGCCCCCUUCAGGGGCAUCCCGCCUAGGUGAAAAAAAAAGAGGCUCACGUAAUGUGCCAGAGACAUAGACUUUUUUCAUACAGCGAUUUUAGCAUCAAGGCUCGUUAGGUCAAGAAAUGAGGUGACAUACUGGGGAGAAACUGUUCAUAUAUAGUGAUCUUGGAUUUCAAUCAAUCCAGAACAAACAACUAACGAAGUCAAUGGAAUGCUAUGCAACAAGAAAUGUAACAGUCAUUAGUUUGGGCAGUAGCUGAAGUGAAUACAUGAAAGCACCUAAUCAUUUAGAUAAGCUGUUAGUGUGGUAAAUCAUGACGUAAUGUGUCAGACUGCCUGUAUAUUGGGUAGAUGGAAGUCAUACAGAAUUUCCUUUGUCAAUUAUUAAAAGAUACACUCCAUUCUGAAAGCAUUUUAGUUGCAAGAUUUGUUUGUUAACUGUCACAAAUUUAGAGAUCGAAACUCUGCAUUGGUUUCUGGCGAUGCUAGUCAUCAUGCUACAUAUUUGUGUUCCUUUUAUUUCCAUUCUUAUGGAUGGUAAUAAAGCUGGACAUCGGCACAA